AUAGAAACAAACAAUCAAACUGUGAGCCAAAGCAAUAUAAGAUUCAUAUCAGGGACCUGAUGGAUCGAUAGUGUGCGCUUCAGAUAUCCGGGGUCUGGCGAUCUUCAGCUGCAGCUGCAACACACUUGGGUGACAUGGUCUGAGGAAGUGUGAGUUGAGAUGCAAUGGAUCAGUGCUCUCAUCUGCAGGUGUUCAGGAGAUUGAGAGCUUAAGAGCAUGUUGGGAAUAAUAUCAUCUUCUAAGAUGAUCUCAAUGCUGGAUUAGUUCAGAGUUAUUAACUGAUUAGUGUGUGACUUGGGUGAGAGUGGGUUUGCAGAAGCCCCUUUGGCCUUGGUAUCCUCGCCGUUCAGUGGCACCGUGUGUGUAUAAAAGAUGUCCCUGCGAUGGGUUUGGGUGCUAUUACUUUUGAGUAGCACUUGCGCGGGUGCCGAUGAGAUGAGAGCUCAGGUCGCGGCAGCGAUGAACUCAAGGUUCCCACACACCAUGAGAGCGCUGGGCAACGUCACCGACAGUCUGCAGCUGGUGGCUUCGGAGGGUGGGGUCAUUGCCGACGUGUGCACGCGGCAGAUUCAGAGCGCCAACGAGGCUCUGAUUUGGGUCAGGAACCAGCUCGCGUGCACCCCAUUGCAGGAAUUGGCCGACUUCUUUCGAAGUGCGGCGAAGGCAGUGUCAUCUUGCAAUGCGUUCCUGGCAAUGCGCGCUGAUACUCUGCCAGUUUCGAUGGUCCAUACCAGUGAGUGGGCGCUGAUGACGAUGAAGGAAAUGCUGACACAGCUGUCUUUAGACGCAGAGGCGGUGGAGGUUCUCGACCGGGAUGUCAGUGAGACGAGUGGUGCUCCUCUUGUUGCCAGUUCCGAGUCGUCUUCCACCGAAUCCAAGGUGGUAACUCCAUCUGAUUUCAACGACGAAGCCAUCCAAGGAUGCGCCACCAUCCACCCGACAAACUGCCAGUUCUCCGUAUGCGGGAAGGGGAGGCGUCUCCCGCUCUGCGCAUUCGGCUACGCUGCAGGGGUGACGGGAGGCUUGAUGGGCAAGUCUUAUGUCGUAACGAACAACGAGGACGACCAUAAGAAGCCUUCGCCCGGGUCGCUACGAUACGGGGUGAACCAAGGCGGUCAAGCAAAUGGCGGAGUGUGGAUCACAUUCGCUAGAAGCUUUGAGAUCAGGCUUACAGACCUGUUGUGGAUCAAGAGCGGAACUACUGUCGACGGACGAGGAUUCAAUGUCACCAUAACAGGGCGAAGCAUGGUGUUGUGCGGAGUUUCCAAUGUCAUCCUCCACAACUUCCAGAUUAGCGGAGUGGGGGAGAGCGACACGGUGCACAUCUUUGCGGGGUCAAGCCGAGUCUGGGUGGAUCACCUCACCUCUAAAGACGCGAAGCUUGGGUUGGUCUCCGUGCUGCAAGGCUCAACAGACGUGACGAUUUCCAACUCGCAUUUGUCCAACUACAAUUUUAACAUGCUGUUGGGCGCUUCGGACUUCGACAAACAAGAUGCGGACAUGCGAGUGUCGGUGUAUCGGAACUGGUUCAAAGACUCGAUGCAGCGGAUGCCGCAUUGCCGGUGGGGACGGUGUCACGUGCUCAAUAACUUGUACUCAAACUGGGGCUACUACGCGUUGGGUGCGCGAGUAGGUGGGAAGAUUUACUCUGAGUCUAAUGCAUUCGUGGCAAGGAGGCGAGUGGAGGUUACACCAUGGUUUAAUGGGAUAGGAGCGAACUACGACAACAGCAUUUUCAUUAAAAGCUCCAAAGACGUCUUCCUCAACGGCACCACUUUCCACCAGUUCUUGCAUCCGCAUACCAUUGGAUCACACGAGCAAAACGUGGUUUACAAGAAUAACAAAAUGUAUCCUGCGGUAAUUCCUCCGGAAACCUUGAAUAAGGUAUUGCCCAAUUGUGUUGGUGCUGUCUUCGGGUAUAGACUUUCCCAAUGCUCUACAUAGACGGGAGGCUCUCAUCAAUAAUCCAAAAUCCUACCAUGCUGACAAAAUACUCAACCAUAUGCAAUCAAUAAAAUUGGCAUCAUGAAUCUA